CACCGACCUGGCUGCCUGGCCCCGCCCCUCCCUUACCUGGGGCAGGCCCCGCCCCUCCUUUACCUGGGGCAGGCCCCGCCCUGCUGGCCGCUGGACACGGAAACGGUCGCGACACAGCCGCGCCUGGGGCCAUGGAAGAGACCUCGAAGUGGGAACCAGAGGCCUGGAGCCCCUCUGCAGGGUGGCCAGCUUCUCGGGAAUCCAGGGCAGGCCCAUCCCUCUCUUCCGUGCUGAAUGAGCUCCCCAGCGUGGCUACCCUCCGCUACCGAGGCCCCGGGGUGCUGCCCUGGGGGGCACUGGAGGACGAGGAUGGAGAGGGGCGCACCCAGGCGUUCGCCGAGGGCGCCCAAAGGGAACUGCAGGACCCCCACCCCUCCCGGGAGCUGCCCUGGCCCAUGCAGGCUCGACGCGCGCACAGGCAGGGCCAAGCUAGGGACCAAGCGGCUCGUGGCUCGGGAUCCAGGGCGGCCCACUGGACCCUGCUGCUUCGGAGGUCCAGGCAGAAGAUGCGGGAAGGCUUGCGCGCCUUGCAGCCCUGGUCGUGGACGCUGAAGAGGAUUGGGGGCCAGUUCGGCGCCGGCACCGCGUCCUACUUCUCGCUGCUGCGCUUUCUGCUGCUCCUGGAAGUUCUGGCCUCGGUGCUGAAGGCCUGCAUGACGCUGCUGCCCGCCUGGCUGGAGGGGGCACCCCCGGGGCUCCCGGCCCCGAACACCUCCUCGCCCUGCGGCUCCUACAGCCCCGGUGCCCAGGGCCUGGUCACCUUCCCCACCCAUCUCUUCAACUUGCUCUCAGGAGAGGGAUUUCUAGAAUGGUCUCCUCUGUUCUACGGGUUCUACCCGCCCCGCCCGCACCUGGCCGUCUCCUACCUGUGGUCCGUCUUCGCCGUCGGCCUCCUCUCCCUGGGGCUCAUCCUGCAUCGCUCGGUGUCCGGAUUGAAGCAGACGCUGUUGGCCGAGUCGGGGGCCCUGACCAGCUACAGCCACCGGGUGUUCUCCGCCUGGGACUUCGGCCUCUGCGGGGACGUCCACGUGCGGCUUCGCCAACGCAUCAUACUUUACGAGUUGCAGGUGGAGCUGGAGGAAGCCGUGGUGCGGCGCCGGGCCGCGGUGCAGACCCUCGGCCAGCAAGCCAAGGUGUGGUCGGUGCGGGUCCUGCUCAACUUGCUGGUGGUCGCGCUCCUUGGGGCAGCCUUCUACGGCGUCUACUGGGCUACGGGGGCCACCGUGGAGCUGCAGGAGAUGCCCAUUGUCCAGAACAUGCCACUGCUGAAGCUCGGGGUGGAUUACCUUCCGUCCAUCUUCAUCUCAGGGGUCAACUUUGUGCUGCCAGCCGUGUUCAAGCUCAUUGCCCCGCUGGAGGGCUACACUAGGAGCCGCCAGAUCGUUUUCAUCCUGCUCAGGACCGUGUUUCUCCGCCUGGCCUCCCUACUGGUCCUGCUCUUCUCUCUCUGGAACCAGAUCACUUGUGGGGGCGACGCCGAGGCUGAGGAGUGCAAAACCUGUGGCUACAACUACAAAGAACUUCCGUGCUGGGAGACUCGGCUGGGGCAGGAGAUGUACAAACUCCUGCUCUUUGACCUGCUGACUGGCGUGGCCGUCAUGCUGCUCAUCCAGUUUCCACGCAAGCUUCUGUGUGGCCUCUGUCCCGGGGCGCUGGGUCGUACGUUGGGGACCCAGGAGUUCCAGGUGCCCGACGAGGUGCUGGGGCUCAUCUACGCGCAGACGGUGGUCUGGGUGGGGAGUUUUUUUUGUCCUUUACUGCCUCUGCUUAACACGGCCAAGUUCCUGCUGCUUUUCUAUUUGAAGAAGCUCACCCUCUUCUUCACCUGCUCUCCGGCCUCCCGCACCUUUCGGGCCUCCACAGUGAAUUUCUUUUUCCCCUUGGUCCUCCUCUUGGGUCUGGCCAUCUCCGCUGUUCCUGUGCUUUACAGCAUCUUUCUGAUCCCGCCUUCUAAGCUGUGUGGUCCAUUCCGGGGACAGUUGUCCAUCUGGGCCCAGAUCCCCGAGUCUAUUUCCAGCCUCCCUCAGACCACUCAGAAUUUUCUCUUCUUCCUGGGAACCCAGGCUUUUGCUGUACCUCUUUUGCUGAUCUCCAGCAUACUAAUGGUGUAUACCGUGACCCUGGCUAACUCCUAUGGACGCCUCAUCUCUGAGCUCAAACGCCAGAUAGAGACGGAGACCCAGAACAAAGUCUUCCUGGCCCAGCGAGCUGUGGCACUAAGCUCGGGCAACGGGGCUUUUUGAGCGCCCGGCCUCACUCAGACCUAGAUCUGCAUCAGACCCUUUGUAAGCCUCGGCCACAUCAUCAGAAAAGUGGGACAACUGGAGGAGACCCCACGCCCUUCCAGUCUCAGGACUGGGAGGGUUCCAGGGCUCCGACUACUAAGGGAACCCUGCCUAGUAUCAAUAAACGCAGCUGAAUCUGUU